GAGCCAGGACGCCUGGGUUCCUUGGGCGCUGGCAGGGCGUUCCUCCCACGCCCCCAGGGGGAAGCAGACUCAUCGUUUUGCGUGGGGCGGUUUCGGUUUCCCCGAGGGAGAGGAACCGGCCCCCGCCCCCACAGAUGACAAGUGACCUGCCCUCAGCCCUCCCUGGCACCGCCCCAAGGAGCUCACACACCACGGGGAGCAGCUAAGGAGAUACCUACCAGCCGCGCUAUCGGCACACAACAGAGGGGAAACCGAGGCACACAGCCAGGGAGAGGCUUAACUGCAGUCACUUGGUGGCCAUGCUGGACCCCCAAGAUUUCCAAACCUUCAUCUUCUUCGACCUGGAGACCACCGGCCUGCCCCGGGACCGCCCCCGCAUCACGGAGCUGUCUCUCUUCGCCCUGCACCGCCGCUCCCUCCUGCAGCGUCCCCCGCAGGACGCCACCCGGCUGCCCCGCGUCCUGGACCAGCUGACCCUGUGCAUCGACCCCCAACAGCCCUUCACCCCAGAAGCCGCCCGCAUCACGGGGCUGAGCCAGCAGGACCUGGAGGAGAACGGGAAGCGGGGCCUGGACCAGGCCGUGGCUCAGGCCCUGGGGGGGUUCCUAGCCCGCCAAGCCCCCCCGCUCUGCCUGGUGGCCCACAACGGCUUCAGCUACGACUUCCCCCUGCUGCGGACGGAGCUGGUGCGCGUGGGGGCCGAGCUGCCCCCCGCCACCGGCUGCCUGGACACCCUGCAGGCCAUGAAGGAGCUGGGCCUGGGGGGCGAUGGGGGGUACAGCCUGGGGGCGCUCUUCCGGGGGCUCUUCGGGAGGGACCCCGACGGGGCGCACUCGGCCGAGGGAGACGUCCGCACCCUGAUCGCCAUCUUCCUCGCCAGGGCGCCACAGCUGAUGGGCUGGGCGGCGGGGAAGGCCCGGGAUUGGGGGGACGUGACCCCCAUGUACCUCCCCACCACGCAGUGAGUGUUCUGGGCUGGGAGGGGAGUGAGGGCGGAGCCCGGACUCCUGGGUUCUCUCCCCGGCUCUGGGAGGGGAGUGGGGUCUAGUGGUUAGAGCAGGGGAGCUGGG